UAUUUCGUGCGCUUGCGCUCCUCUGUGCUCUACCGAACCCCGCGAACUUUACGAAAAUGUUUAUUUUAUAAUUUAUCUUCGAUUUAUUUAAUUUCGAAUUGUGUGUGUCUGUUUGUGCUGUGCUGUGUUGUGAUAAUAAGGUCCAAUUAAAAUACUUCUAUCAAAAUGUACGAGGUGCUUAUAAACGCUUAUGCAAAACCAAAUAAGUGUUUAACAAUGUAAUGGCAAGCAGAAUUGUUAAGAAAGUGAAGCGCGGUAAAAAGGAAUCAAAUUCUAAAGAUCACAUUCCAAAGAUAGUGGUCACUCCACCAGAUAAUCGAGACAUGAAAGUCCAAGCCAAGAGAUCAGAUAAUGCUAAAGAUAAUGUUAGAGACUCCGCUGAAGCCUCGACCUCGCAAGUAAUGACCAACAAAAUGGCUGGAUUCAACGUCAAUCAGUUGAUAGCCGAGCUGUCCGAGAACUCGAAAGCGUCGAGAACCGAGAUAGAAACGAUACAGAGGCGACUACUGCAGCAGGCGAACGAAAUAUUGAAAGUAAACGCUUUUGCUAAUCCACCCAACAUAGAUAACUCGCAAAAGUACACAAACAAACCAGUUUAUGGCAGAAUACCGAUUGCGAUACCGAGAAAUCCUAACGCAGUAGUAAACGGCGUCGCUAAUCAAGUGGAUCUGAAGGAAUCGCGGGUGAACACGAGCGUGGCGGCUGAGAAUGAGCGUAGAAUCGAGCCGCAAGACGCGCAGCUUGUUCCGGAGAGGUUGCGAGACAUUCCGGGGGAUCGCGCCGGUGCAGUGAUGAAUAGUGAACAGGGGAAUAUGCAAAGGGUCGCUAUGAUGGCGGCGGAGGCGGGAAGGAGCGCUUUUUUCUACGAAACGGGUUCUGUAGCCGGCCGCCAGCCGCGCUUGGCCGCCAGUGCGCGCGCGCCUCUGACAGGUACAGUUGAAGGUGGGCCUCCGUACAGAAUGCCGCCGGCGCCCGAGGCGGCGCUGCCCGGCGCCCCCGCUCCUUCUCUGCCGGCCGCACUACACACACAUUCCAACAAGUUCCCUAUAGAACGCGAAGUGAUCCUAUCCUCGGGAGACAAGAACUCCAAAGUGCCGAUACUGCAGGAGGCGAGGAAGAGGGGCAGACUCGGUGCUGUGGCUCCAGACACGCCACCCAAAGCACUCUCAGCUUGGACACAUUCUGAGAACCAGCAGGCUGGCACGUCUGGGGACGGCUUCAGACAGUACCACGAGCAGUACGGGUACAUGAACCAAAGCCAGGGAGCUGUGCCCAGGAACAUGCAAAACUACGACUCGCCCAAACCUCCCAUACCAGCAAAGACCUACGGCAAAGUCGACACACCGAACAACUCACAGCUCAUAACAGUGACCGUUGAAACUGGGAAAGACAACACAAGAGACGCCCCGAAGAGCACGAAGUCUGUCAGUAAAACAUACCACACACUCAAAGAUAUGAUCUCAAGCAGGUUUAAGAGUAAAGAUGCUAAUGAUGGCGAGAAGAAUAAUGAACAAGAGCCGAGUUUGAAUAACAGUGAAGAGAGAAAGAGACCAGAGAGGCCGGAGCCUGAACAGGUGACACCAAGAGAGAAUGGACCGAGAAAAGUAGAGCAAGGAAUAUAUGGGAGGCCAAUGACACAGACGAGGCCGGAAAUGCAGUACAGUCACGGCAUCGCCAAUAACAUGGCGUAUCCUAGUCCGUCACCACACAGGCAACUGAUGCAGCAGCAGCAGAUGGUGCAGUCCCACAUGAUGAUGAGCCCUCAAGCCAGGUCGCAGGAGAUGCUGGCCAGUACACCUCACCGGCAGCCUCAAGCCUUGGGCGCUGAUGCCUUAUACCAGCAGUAUGGGCCCCCAGGCCGAAGAAGUGCGCUGUAUCAAAGGGACAUGGAAGUUCGAUCAAUGGCAAAUUUCACUUCAUUGAAAACUGGACCUCAAUCACAGUUCGACAACUCACAUUCAAGACCAGAUCUCAGAAGUCCACAGCAAUUAGAAAGAGAGAUAGUGCGACAGAGAGGCUUUGUGGAAGGAAGACGGGCGGCUUCACAUCCUCACCUAUUAGACGAGCCACAACACCGACCAGAGGUCACAACUCCACAGAUACACGAUCCUGGAAGACGAAAUUCCCAUGGAAAUCUCCUAGAUCACACACCUAAUGAACAUCCACGGAAUGGGGAAGAACGGGAAUCUGAUGAUGGAGGCUUCCGAGCAAGACUAGCAGCUCAGGGUAGAUCUAGUUAUGAAGAGCGUAUUAGAACAAGUGGGCGAUCAAUAGAAUCACAAAGAAUGCAGGAUAAUGUCUAUAGAAGAACACCAGAUAGUCAUAAGGAGAGAAGAACUCCUGAUAGCCAUAAAGAACGGAGAACACCAGACAUUCAUAAGGAACGCAGAACUCCGGAUUCAAUAGGACAUAAGAAGGAUGAACCAUCAACGUCACAAGAGAGGAACGAUGAGAGUGCUAGUCAGAAGUCAGCUGAUAGUGUUUAUAACUCGAGUGGGAAGGCCGAGGCUUACAAUCCACAGCCGUCUUCAUCAAGACAAACUCCAAAUAGAAUAGAGGAUCUCAAAGCACAUGGGAAGAAAGGAGCAGGAUCAGGGGCUAGCUCAGACUACGACAAGAAUGGAGGACAGUCAUCUAAUGUGGACUCUGGGCGAGGCAGUGUGGCGUACUCCAGUGGUAGGCGACCAGAGCCCCUGCAUGAUACCUCAGCAGACUCUGAUGCACAAGGAACCAGACAACCACAGCCUGGAACAAGCCAGCAGCCUCCAGGACAAAGUGCAGAGAACGACUGGGUGGAAUGUGAGUUACGUCACAUCCUGGAGCCGAAGCUGGCUGGCAUGCGCCUGGACUCAUCAGCUACAUCCGACACUUCGGUCACACCACCACUGCCACCGCUAUCUCCAUCCUCAGAUAUGCAUAAGAGAAAUAGUCUUCCAGGUCGAUCAUCAGAGUACCCAGACGAAAGGCGUCGUGGUCGCGAGUCACCGCGGUGGCACUCUCAUAAGAAACACUCCUCUAAAAGAGAUCAUCACUAUAAGAAACAUUUAUUUGGUCUAGACACCACCGAUAUGACGUCCACCACAACUAGGAGCUUGGAUCUAUCGUCUCUACUGGAAGGUCGGUCGGACAGUUCAUCAUCAGGCGACGCGCGCGCCAUCCGGCGGCAGUUACGUGGCUUGGAGAACAUGUACGCUGAAGUGCUGCAGCUGCUCGGAGUCAGGAAGCCAGCCAGCCUCGCUAAACAACCUACAUGGGAAUCUAGGUUAUCAUCAAAGCGUCGGUACGGCAGCAUGUCCUCACUGCCCUCCAGCUCGGUGAGCAGUCGGCCGGUGAGGGACAAGAGACGGAGCUCCAACGACCACAGGAAGAAACAUGACCUGAAGGGUAUAAACAAGCGGUUCCAACGCCUGGAGUCCCACGUGGUGACGCUGGCGCGGUCGGUGGCCCACCUGUCCAGCGAGAUGAGGACCCAGCACCUCGUCAUGCAGGAGAUGGACAACAUCAGGGCUGAGAUCGCCGCCCUCAGACAUAUGUACAAAUCGCAGCAGUACAUUCGUUCAGGCAGCCACGGCCGUCACCUAGACCCCUACUCGUUCAGCAACCCUGACAGAGUGAAGCGGCUCACCAAGUUCUUCGGAGACGAGCCUCCUCUCAUGAGACUGUUCCUCAAGAAACUUGGAUAUGAGAAAUACGCAGCACUUUUAGAAAAAGAGAAAGUUGGUGCGGCUGAACUGCCCUACGUUGGUGAAGACAAACUUCGAGCCUUAGGUGUUCCCUUAGGACCCAGGAUGAGGAUACUGAAGGAAGCUGGCAUCCACCAGGACCUACACCAUAUGUCCAGAGACGACCAACAUAACACAACCACCACGCUAGCAAUCGUUUAAAAUUGAACUCUAUGUUCUUGAUUUAAGGACUUUAACGUGUUGUUGAGAAGACUGAAUCUGUAUCGAAGUAGCUCAAUAAGGCGUGUAUUAUAGUUUGUAAUUAGCUAAAGUAUUUGUGCUAGGUACUGUGAAGGUAACGUUGAUAGAAUGAAAACAGUUUUUAUUCUGUGAGGCAGAGAGUUCAAAUUUUAAUGAUAUUCCUUGAGUAGGAAAAAUGACAAAAUAAUUUCAUCAAUAAUUUCAUUCAAUCUCACACGAUUUCCAACUUAUAAUUAGAAAUUAUAAACCCAGUUUUCCUCACGAUGUUUUCCUUCAACUUUUGUCAGUAGUGUCUAAAUAAUCUUAGAAAAUUCAUAAUAAUUAAUCGAAAAGCUCACAUUAGGACUUGAUGCUGAUAAAAGAAUAUUCACAAAAUGUAAAAUCUGGCGAAUGUAGUGAGCUACGUUUGAGCAUAGCUAUUCGCCAGCUAUAAUAUAACUAUUCCAAUGAAUAAUCAAUUUAUUUUCUUUAUAACAUUAGUCCAAUUCCUUCCUACUUUCACAUCUAUAUUAGAUUUACGGGUAUUUAACAAUGAACAACGAAAAUACAACGAAACAUAACAUUUCAACACUCCACUAUUUUAUAAGAUAAAUGUAAGAGCAUUAAAUAUUUGUUUACAAGUUUAAAAUAACCAAACAAUAUCCAUUAUAUAUAUAUUACUAUUUUUCUAUAAUUACUUGUAAUGUGCAUGAACGCCAGCAUGUCAAUCUAUACCAAUCAAUUUUAGAUUUUAAACUCUAUGUUAUUGUAUCACGGUCGAAAAUCUAUUGAAGAAAUUCACCAGAUUGGAAUAUUUUGAUGUGAUGCGCGUCUGAAUUUAUUCGACCUAACAACAAGAGCUAUAUUAUCUCAGUAUUCAGAAAGUAAAUACCAGGCUCUCUUCAAUGCACAGACAAUUAAGCUUUAUUACAAAGACUUAAAGUCGAAAACAGCUUGAAAGUAGGCCGAAUUAUUACUUAAACGUAAAUACUACAUGUAUCACUAAAAUUAUCACAAGUUAUGUAAAGGUCUAUAAAAAUACCUAAAUAUAAACAGAAAGUUUUAUAAAUGAUUAACUGAUGUAGUUUAUUUUAUAAAUGUUUCAGUAUAACAUAAAAAGAAAUGUGAGGUUACUCGAUCAAUUUCAAGCCAAACUAGGAACCCAUAAUCAUAAGCCGUAUGCACGAUGCUCGCUACACCUUCUAUCAACCUGAUUCAGGUCAUAUUUAUAGUUCAUUUUAGAUUCCAGAAUAUCAUCCAUGGCUAUGAAUACAACAAAUCCAUAUAAAUUGACUUAAAAUAAUAUAAAAUGAGAUUGUAACUGUAUCUAUAGUUUAGUGAAAUAUAAUAAAGUACUCAGAAAUGAUAUGCCAAAGAGUUUUCUCGGCGUAUGUAAAAAUAUAUGUAUUAAAAUGUAUAUAAUAGUUUGUAUAUAGUAAUUAAUUAAAUAUUAAGUUAAUUUAGUCGGUACACGAACAACGAAUUGUAACAACGUACUCAGUUUUAUAGUUAUUUUAUUCCCUCUGUAUAUUUGAGGGAUGUUUAUG